AUGUUCAUUGUCGUGUGCAUCAUCCGACAUCCUAGUCUUCAAACUAUCACCAAUUACACCCUGUUCUCGACGGGUAUGGCGCAUAUUGUAUUUCAAUUCAUGUGCCUCAUCUUCAUCUUUAAAAUGGAGGACUUCUGUUCCUUCGGCAGCCCUUUGACUUUUCUAGCAUUCCUCUUCAUCGGUAUGGUAGCUGUCUUUGCUAAUACUGUUCUGGUCACUAUAGAAACCUAUCUGAAGGUAUGCCAUCCCUUCUUAUACGCCCGCGUCGUAACUGACCGGAAGUGCUUCAUCUUGAUCGCCUUGAUCUGGGUAAUCAGCUUUUGCUCUGGAGCUAUGGCUGGAACAGCUGUAAAUGGAAAUGGAAAUGAUAAUGAUGAACGGUGUCCUUUUGCGGCUGUAAUUGAAGAUCACGGUAGAAUCCUCGGCAUCAUUUUGAACAUAACCCUCGUGCCUUCUUUAGUUAUCAUCAGUGUCUUAAAGUUUCUGGUAAUCCGUACUGCGAGGAAACAAGCCAUGAGGAUAGGAGCUUUGGACGUAAGAGAACCUCCACAACCUCCACAACCUCCACACCAACAACCGAACGAUGACAUGGUCGAACAACUCCAACAUAAAAUCAAGAACAUUCGGAAGAGCACCAUCAAUCUUGCUAUCUUUGUCGGAACAUACAUAUGUGGCUGGGUACCCAUUCUGCUCAUUUCAAAUAUCUCUUUCUACACUAAUAAGUCGAUCGGUAUUCAUGCCCCAGUCAUCAUUUUUCUGGUUGUGGCUAAUCUGACAUCUGUAGGACCAUUGGUCUAUACUUUAAGACAGACGGAGUUCUCACGUCUGCAGAAGCGCUACGUACAACAAAUAAAAGCCUACGUAUGUGGACAUUUCGGAGACAUACGUAUAAGGAUCCAGGUAAACGUUAUCAAGACCAAACCAACAACAGAGACUGAGUUUGGCGAAUCCGUGCCUCAGUAA